AGAGAGAGAGAGAGGUGACUGUAGAGUGAUGGGACCCGGCUGAAGGAACAGCAGCGAGUGAUCACUCUCCGAGCUGGUAAUGACAGCAGGUAGACAGAUGUGAAGCAUGACUUCUUGCUCAGAGAUCUGUGGGUCGGAGUACGGUGAGCAAGCUCAAGCCAACGGGAACUGCCAGCAGUAUGGAGUCCGCUCCUACCUACACCAGUUUUAUGAGGAGUGCACAGCUUCUAUCUGGGAACGUGAUGAAGAUUUUCAGAUUCAGAGAUCGCCUAGCAGGUGGAGCUCUUUACUCUGGAAGGUCUGUCUCGCGUUCGGCUCCCUGAUCUUGUUUGCAGGCCUCAUCGUUGUUUUGGUGGGUUAUGCAACUCCAGCCAGGAUCGAAGCCUUUGGUGAAGAUGAUCUCCUGUUUGUUGACAGCCACGCUGUCAGUUUCAACCGUGCACUGGAUGUUUGCAAGCUGACUGGUGCUGUGUUGUUCUGCGUGGGAGGCACCUCCAUGGCUGUGGGUCUCCUGCUGUCUGCCUUUGCCAAAAGCUACUCCAAAGAAGAACUGUACCUGCAGCAGAAGUUUAAAGAGAGGUUGGCAGAUCUGCAUGCGACAGUUGGUACCCCCAUAAUGAGAGCACCGACCCCCGGAGAGGGAAAGGUACCAGUCACACUUUCCAAAGUCCAGAACAUCCAACCAGUGACGACAAAGUCAGAAACCUGACAGAAGUCCAGAUGAAGGCAUAAAGUGAAGAAGUGUGUGUGAUGAUUGAUUGGUGUGUAGAAAGUGUGUGAGUGCGAACAUGUGUGUGUGUGCGUGCGUUUGUCGAUCUACGUGUGCAUUUUCUCUUCUGAAAGGUCAGCUUACAUGACUGAUAGUAUAAGUUCAUCUUUAUUUGCUGUUUGACAUUAAGGCUUGAUUUUAAGUUUAUAUAGGUGCAGAGGUAAUUACACUGAGCAAAGUUUAAACCUUCUGUUUGAGUCAGUGUGUGAAAUUCACAGUGAUCCGACAAAAGCAAACGCAGGUCUUGAGCCCUACCCAGAAAACAAACCGCAGGAAGAAAUCAAUAGAACACAGCCGCUAAACAACAACAGCAUAGCUUCCACUGAGUAUUUCUCUGUCGAGAGGAUUCACAUUUUGUAAAAGAGGAUGGUGUUGCUGCUGGAGGGUUUCGAGCAGCAGAUGCAGUGUUGUUUGAAGUUAUUGAGCAGAAAAUGAUCAAAAGAAGCGCUGAACACAACAACCAUUAUCUCUUCCUGGUGUCUAACGGGACAUCAAGGUAUGAGGGUUUCUAUGUGCAGAUGUAAUGCUUUGUGUGUAUUGUGUGCACUUGUAUGCACGCAACUUCAUUAGAAAGCUCAGUGAGAGCUAUCAAUCACACAUGCUCAAUACGAGUACAUGUGCUUCAGCUCAAUAUUUUAAGUUUUGUUUACAUGCAACAACAAGGCAACAGAAGUCAGAUCAUAAUUUGCUAGAAGUUCACACAUCAUCAACACAGAUUAGAGAUAAACACAGAUUAGAAUAGACCUUCAGGGUAGAUUUCACACUGACAUUUUCUUCUGUCUUAUUAGGCCUCUGACCUUGUCUCCUUCAGUGAAUCUCCAGACAGGAUCGAUAGAUGAGAGCAGACAGAUUGAUGAAAGGUACAUCGAAUCAGACGGAACAACAUAGUCAGUCCCUCAGAAAAAUCCUAAUCAAACACAUUACAUUCUAGAUGAUACAAAUAAGGAUUCAUCAUAAAAACAUGCACUUCCUUUCUCCCUGUGCACCUAGAAAAUAUGAGUUGGAGAAAAAAAAAGCCAUGUGCAGGUGCUGCGUGUUGAAAUGAUGAUAAAGUAGGGGCGCAUUGAGCAAGACAAACAACGUGACAGAUUAUGUUGCAUAACAGGGCGAUGAAGAGGGCACAUCCAGCUCUCCGGUGAGAUCACAUCAGCUACAUCGUUGUUUACAGUCUGUCUGGAUCCACACAAUAACUGCCUUCCUGUGUUCACAAACAGAACUUGAAACUACAUUAUGAAGUAAGCUGAAUAUUGUGUAUGAAAGACAGAUUUCAUCAAGAUGGUUUUUAUUUCCUUUUUUUAUUCUAAACAAGCUUGACCCUGUAA